AUCCUCUUACUUUAAUUAAUCUGAAGCAGCAGACCUGCACUUGGACUCGUUCAUCAGCGGGGCUUUGAAACAUGGUGUGGACCGUGUGAGGAGUCAAACGGAGAGGCUGGUUGGAGGAGCAGUUUAGGAAGAGGUCGUCCUAGCUAGAGAGAGCCCUGCAGGAUGCUGCUGCUUCCCUCACGGAUGCUGUGGGCCGCUGUGAGGCGACAGGCCGCUCCGCGGGUCACCUACAGCUCUGCGGUGCAGCCACAGAUAAAACCCAAAAAGUCCAAGUUUGGUCCUCUGAGUGACGAAGACCGAAUAUUCACAAACAUAUAUGGCCGGCAUGAUUGGAGACUCAAAGGUGCUCUCACUAGAGGCGACUGGUACAAGACUAAGGAGAUCUUACUGAAGGGCCAGGACUGGAUCCUCAAUGAGGUGAAGAUCUCGGGUCUUCGGGGCAGAGGGGGCGCAGGAUUUCCCACCGGCAUGAAGUGGAGUUUCAUGAACAAACCUAGUGAUGGCAGACCCAAGUAUCUGGUGGUGAAUGCAGAUGAGGGGGAGCCCGGGACGUGUAAAGACCGUGAGAUAAUGCGUCAUGACCCCCAUAAGCUGAUAGAGGGUUGUCUGGUGGCUGGGAGAGCCAUGGGCGCCCGGGCUGCAUACAUCUACAUCAGAGGAGAGUUUUACAACGAGUCAUCAAAUCUACAGCUGGCCAUUAAUGAAGCAUAUAAAGCAGGGCUGAUAGGGAAGAACGCCUGCGGUUCAGGGUAUGACUUCGAUGUGUUUGUGAUGCGGGGAGCUGGAGCUUACAUCUGUGGAGAGGAGACAGCUCUCAUCGAGUCUCUUGAGGGCAAACAAGGGAAACCUCGUCUCAAGCCGCCUUUCCCUGCAGACAUAGGUGUGUUUGGAUGUCCAACAACAGUGGCCAAUGUGGAGACGGUUGCUGUGGCGCCUGCAAUCUGUCGUCGAGGUGGGGCUUGGUUUUCCAGCUUUGGGAGGGAGAGGAACUCUGGGACGAAGCUGUUCAACAUCUCGGGCCACGUGAACACCCCGUGCACGGUGGAGGAAGAGAUGUCUAUUCCUCUGAGAGAGCUCAUAGAGAGACAUGCAGGAGGAGUGAGAGGUGGCUGGGACAAUCUAUUAGGAGUGAUCCCAGGAGGGUCCUCCACUCCCAUCAUCCCUCGACACGUGUGUGAGGAUGUUCUGAUGGAUUUUGAUGACCUGGUCCGCGCAGAGACAGCCUUGGGAACUGCAGCUGUCAUAGUCAUGGAUAAAUCGACUGAUGUGAUCCGAGCUAUAGCACGUUUGGUUGAGUUCUACAAGCAUGAGAGCUGUGGCCAGUGCACCCCCUGCAGGGAAGGAGUGGACUGGAUGGAUAAAAUCAUGUGGAGGCUAGUGAAAGGAGACGCAGCGGUGUCAGAGAUCGACAUGAUUUGGGAGCUCAGCAAGCAGAUUGAGGGUCACACCAUCUGUGCUCUGGGAGAUGGAGCUGCUUGGCCUGUACAGGGUCUGGUACGUCACUUCCGGUCAAUCAUGGAAAGCCGCAUCGCACAGUAUAACAAGAAAAACCCUCCGAGAGAGCCAGGGAUCGAGAUGAUCUAACACGGGAAAUGCGCUGCAAACAAAACCUUAUGGAUAUUCUCUUAUUACUCAAUCGUUUUUUUUUUGUUUUUUUUUAACAGUUUUGAAAGAGAAACUAUUUAGUCAGAGCAAGUUCUUAAAGAUGUAACUAUUUGAAAAUGUAUGAUUUAAUUCUAUUAUACUUCAUAUUUACUGUUUUUAAUUAUUUCUUUCUCAAAUAUAAAGAAAAAAAUGAAGAACCUUCAAUAUGAAAAUGUAGCAAUAUAAACAACAUUCUUAGACACAACAAUAAAUUAACUUUUAUUUCAUAAAGGCCUGAAAUGAAUUCAGUAAAUCUACUAAAGUAUCCCCAAUAUGAUCUGUACAAAAAAGAAUUGGCUUAGGAAAAGAUGUCAUGUUGAUGAAAAAAAAGUGACAGAAAAGGGGACAAAAAGAAAAAAAUAAACAAAACUGGCCAGUGAUCAGGAUCUUUGUCCUGUUACAUUUCUAUAUUUUUGAAAGACACUGCUCAGAUUCUUCACAAGUUGUGGUUGAAAAAAAAAAAAAAAAAAAAAAAAAAGAAGAA